AUGCCAACCUUUGCCAUUUCACUCUCCUUCCACAAAGACACGUACCCAACAAUGGAGAAUAUAAUUCACACACAAACACUUAUCUGUUCUCCACUUCUGCCCUAUAAAGUCAGGAUUUUUAACUCUGAUUUUUCUCCGUACACUCCGUCCCAAGUGAUAAGAUUUACAGGAGAUCGAGUUAAAGAAAUGUUGAAUUCUCUGAUGAAUGUCGGAAACAAUGGUGGCGGCGGCGGAGGAGGAGGGAGGAAGCAAGAGCGGAGGACUGCUCAGGCGAGUUCAAGAAAAGGGUGCAUGAGAGGGAAAGGUGGUCCGGAGAAUGCUUCUUGUACUUACAAAGGCGUUCGCCAACGCACGUGGGGAAAGUGGGUGUCGGAGAUACGCGAACCCAACCGUGGCAGCCGUGUGUGGUUGGGCACUUUCAACUCCGCCCGUGAAGCUGCCAUAGCUUACGACGCCGCUGCCCGGAGACUUUACGGACCCAAUGCCCAUGUCAAUCUUCCCGACGAGACAGCUCCGGCUCCACCUCCGCCACCUGCAGUUACUGAGGCAGCCAAAGAAGCCAGGUACCAUCGGGCCAUCGAGCAAAUGAAAAAGCAGCAGGAAUUCGAAAGGCAAAUACAAAUAUACAUGCAUCAACAGCAGCAGCAGCAACAACAACAACAUCAUCAUCAGAUCAAAAUAGAAAGCACUACAAUUCCCGAAAUCCCUGAUCUUAAUGCAAACACCGUUGCAAAUUAUCAUACUUUUCACAAUCAUAAAAUCAGCCACGAAGCUAGAACAGGAGAGAACUACGUACAUCACAAGCCGUCAAAUGGGAAUCUGAACGCUAAUCUGCCGGAGUUUGACGACUCUGGUUUAUGGACGGAGGCGGCUUCCACGAUGGAUUAUCAAUCACAGGCGAUCGAUCCUGGAAUUGCUGCCUCAACUUUCAAUGACACUAUUGGCAUUGAACUGAAUCACCCAUUAAUGCACCUCUACCUUAUCUCAUCUAGAUUAGGGUUUUCGACGAAGAAAGACGUCGACGAUAGAUGGUUUUCGCCGAAGAAGAAGAAGAAGGAUAUGAUAAGGACGAGACUCACCGAAGAAGAGAGAGAAACGAAGGCGGAGUUUGUGGCUCGAGUUUCCAGAUGA